AUGUCUGCGGAAUCUGAUAUGGAAUAUUCGGACAACGAUGGCGACGACUAUGAUUAUUACGGAGAACAAGAUGAUUGCGAUAUGGAGACAGUGGAUCGCAGCAAGUCUGACCCUGAGCAUUUUAUAUUUUCCUGUUUGAAAGUUGAAGAAGUUGAGAAAUUGUUAAAUGAAUCGAUUGAAUUGCUAAGCAAUAGUCUUCAAAUCACACCUUCACUCGCAAAGGUGAUGCUACAUGCCUAUGAAUGGAAUGCUGAAGAAAUUAUAAAUAAAUAUAAAGAGAAUGCCAAUGAUGUUUUAGUUUUCAGUCAUGUUAAACCAAGAGUACCUUCCAUUCAGGGCAAUUCCAGUCGAACAGUGUGUGCUGUUUGUGCUAAUACACCACCUAUUCAUAAAUAUAGUGCAUUAGCUUGUGGACAUUACUUUUGCAAUGAUUGCUGGGCAAUGCAUUUUGAAGUACAAAUAAAACAAGGUGUUUCAAAUACAAUACAGUGUAUGGCACAGGAUUGUGAAGUAUUGGCGCCAGAAGACUUUGUAUUGUCGCAUGUUACAAAGCCAGCUCUACGCGAACGCUAUCAGCAGUUUAUGUUCAAGGACCAUGUGAAAUCACACCCUCAGUUAAGAUUUUGUCCUGGUCCUAAUUGUCAGUGGAUUUAUCAGGCUUGGGUUCGAGUGGGCGCCCGUCGUGUAGAAUGCCUUGGCUGCGAAACUCUGACCUGUUUCUCCUGUGGAGCACCUCAUCAUGCGCCUACUGACUGCGCAACUAUACGGCGAUGGCUGACCAAAUGCGCUGAUGAUUCAGAAACAGCUAAUUAUAUUAGUGCCCAUACAAAGGACUGUCCUAAAUGUCAAAUAUGCAUAGAGAAGAAUGGUGGUUGUAACCAUAUGCAAUGUGGGGCAUGUAGAUAUGACUUUUGUUGGGUUUGCUUGGGUGACUGGAAAUCUCACGGUUCGGAGUAUUACGAAUGCAGUCGUUAUAAAGAAGACCCUAAUUUAGCAAAUGAUAACCAACAUGCUCAGGCUAGGGAAGCUUUGAAAAAAUAUUUGCAUUACUAUGAAAGGUGGGAAAAUCACGCUCGAUCUUUGAAACUGGAAGAACAAACCUUAGCAAAUUUAAAAAGUCGCAUCAAUCAGAAGGUUAUGGCCGGUGAAGGAACUUGGAUUGACUGGCAAUAUCUUUGGGAUGCAGCUAGAUUACUAAAACGUUGUCGAUACACUCUUCAAUACACAUAUCCAUAUGCAUAUUAUAUGGAAGUAGGGCCACGAAAAGAACUUUUUGAAUAUCAACAGGCCCAGUUGGAAGCCGAAAUAGAAAAUCUUUCAUGGAAAGUAGAAAGAGCUGAAACAACAGACCGUGGUGACUUAGAAAAUCAAAUGGAUAUUGCUGAAAAACGGCGGACAACUUUGCUUAAGGAUUUCUUAGAAUUUAACACAAAUAACGCUUCCAGUAGUAAAGUUUAA